CUCUUACUCCCAUCCGUCAUCCAAUGGUUGCCGUUAAAGCUCACGAACUUCGUAACAAGAACAAGGCCGAGCUUGUCAAGCUCCUCGAUGAGGCUAAGCAGGAACUUGCUUCCCUCCGUGUUCAGAAGGUUGCUGGUGGUUCGUCCUCCAAGCUUCAGGAAAUUGGUCGUGCUCGCAAGAACGUCGCCAGAAUCUUGACUGUCAUCAACCAGACCCAGCGUGAGCAGCUCCGUCUCUUCUACCAGAAGAAGAAGUUCACUCCCUUGGAUCUCCGUUGCAAGAAGACCCGCGCCAUGCGCAGAGCCCUUACUCCCUAUGAGAAGAGCUUGAAGACUGUCAAGCUUCAGAAGAAGUUGACUCACUUCCCUCUCCGCAAGUACGCCGUCAAGGCCUAAAUGUAGCUUCUUGUUAUUAUUGUGCGCUUUUUUUUAUUACCAUUUUUAAUUAGUCUCAUAAAAAGAAGUUGACACAAAGAGGUUGUGAGCGGUUU